AUGAAGCAAGUCAACAUCUUCACCGCGGCCAUGGUGGCCUACAUGGCCCAGCUCGUCGCCUCAGCAGCCACCGUCGCAGACUCCCAAAAUGUCACGGCCCCAGACUUCAUCGGCAAAGCAGCCACAUCCCAACCCCUCCGCCCCAAAGAACGCUUCUCCCCAGACGCGCUCCACGCCCACAUUGACGGCGGCAACACCCGAAGCGACGACUACAUGGGGCCCCUCGGCGUCUUCUCCGUCGCCUCCUCGGCCGCCGUGAAGACAGGCUACAUGUUCUGGGAGAACAGCACGAGCCUCCUCGUCGCGAUGGAGUGCGUCUUGUCCCAGGCGCCCAUCGGCUUCUGCCUCGCGGCGGUGGACCCGGAGACCAUGGACGUGUUGACGCAAUGGACCGCUCCCGCGGGCCGCACCGCCAUCUCAAAUGACUGGCAAGUCGUCGACAACCAUGUCAUCAUGCCCACCCUCGAAGGCUUCAUCAUGGAGAUCCAGCGCUUCGGCACCGGCGCCUCCACAACCUUCACCCAGUUCGUCGCCACCCCUGCACCUCUCGUCGGUCUCCAGGGAACCAACACCACCACCGUAGGCUACGUCCAGCGCGACGGCACAAUCUUCAGCGCGUCCCUGGACAACCAAAUCGUCGAGAACGGCAUGGCCGUCAACGGGAAAAACAUCUACUUCAUCACAGGCCCCUCCGGCUCCGAAGACCACGCCGACGCCAGCGGCCACUUCUACGCCUUCCAAGCAGACACUGCCAACGGCGGCGGCGUCAUCGCGGCCUGGAACGAGACGUACCUCGCCGGAAGCGGCGUCAAGCCCGGCGGCCUCUCCCGCGGCUCCGGCGCGACGCCGGGCUUGCUUGGACAAAAAUACGUCGCCAUGACGGACAACGCCGACUCCCAAAUCAACCUCAACGUCUACCGCCAGGCGUCCGCCAUGACCGAAGGCCAGAACUCGAGCUUCGUCUGCUCCGUCCCGCUCUUCGAGCCCGGCGCGAGUCUCAACGAGGCGUCGCUGACGACGCACUUUGACGGCACGACGUACAGCGCCAUCAUUGCCAACUGCUACAACUCGCCUUCCUUCCUUGACGUCAGCGACGACGAUGUCAACGGCAGUUUCAACAACCUCACGCAGGUUGCUACCGGCGUCGCGCGCGUGCGUGUGAAUGCUGAUGAGAGCUGCGAGCUGGGUUGGGAUCUGCCUAUUGUCGCGACCAUGGUUACUCUGUCGACGACCAACGGGAUCCUGUACGCGUACACGCAGGACCGGGAGCUCGCUGUGGGCGGGGAGUAUGUGUGGUACAUUGUAGCGUUUGAUUAUGUUUCUGGCCAGGAGAUUUGGCGCAAGAGGGUUGGUGCUGGUGGUGUGUACAACCCUGGCCCGUCGCACCUUCAGCUCGGUGCGAAUGGAAGGAUUUACGAGGGUAUUGUUGGUGGUGUUGCGUGGGUUGAGGAUUCUCCUUCUGCUUAG